UUUUAGUGUUACUAUAUUUUAUAAGUAAGAUGAUUAGUAUUUUCAGUCUUAAUUAGUAAAUGAUUUCACAUUGUACUUUAUUUGUAUUAUAAUUUGAUUGAACUGCUGUGUGAUUGUUGAGGAAGGGAACCUUAUUGUGACAAUAAGAAACAGGACUAAUGAGACACGGAAUGCAACAAGACAUGCGGAAAUCGAAGCUCUUGAUAUUCUCUUUGAACAGUGGCAGAGGACUGGAUUUUCGUCUGCAGAAGUUGCAGAGAAGUUUUCGGCAUGCUCUCUUUAUGUGACAUGUGAACUAUGCAUAAUGUGUGCAACAGCAUUAUCAAUCAUCGGUAUAAAGGAAGUAUAUUAUGGCUGUGCAAAUGAUAAAUUUGGAGGCUGUGGCUCAAUAUUGUCGAUGCAUUCGAGUAGCUUCGAUGCAUGCAUUAGCUCCAAAACAUCAGAGGUCAGGGGUUACUCGUGCUUCUCUUUAGGUGUACAUGCGUUGGUUCUUCCUGUUGAAUCCACUAAUGGCUUUGCACAACUAGAAUUUCAUGAAGGGAGCUGUGAAAGGAAGCAUGAUGCUUGUCCAUAUCAGCUUUUGCCCGGAUGGUCAUGUGUUGACAGAGGGUUGCAGUUGUGAUUGGAAGUCCAUUUCAUGCUUUAACUUGCUUAUCAGAUUGUUAAGAUAAUUUACGGCAUAAACUUUGUAGGCAUCACUUUUUUACGAGUUUUUUGAACUUUGAGUUAUUCUAGGUGUGCUAUUGAUGUGUCCGAACUCCAGAGUUCUGGACUAUAUCAUGUUUCAUCCCUAAUGAUGAUAAAGAGAUCAAUGAUUUGCAUGUGUUUCAUGUA